CCAAGUGACAUAUUUUGGAUCGAGCAAGUAGCUAAUUAAGUAUAGUAUGGCUGGAAGCUGUAGCAAGACCACGGUUCUACUCAUUUUGGUUGUGUCAGCACACGCUAAUUUUCUGCGGAUUGAGGCGGCAGCCGAGAUCGGUACUGCAGCUGGGUGGGUGAGGCACAAGUUAGCGCUCCUCGGCGGCGCCACCACCACGGGCACAGGGUCUGUGGAUGGCAAAGGCAUCAACACGGCUGUGGUUGCCAAAGACGGUACAGGCAAUUUCACAACGAUCGGGCAAGCUUUAGAGGCAGCGCCACCGGGGAGAGGAUGGUACGGUGUCUUCAUCAAAGCAGGUGUUUACGAAGAAACGGUGAACAUUAGCAGGCAUAGUGUGGUCCUUUGGGGUGAAGGGAUCGGCAAGACCAUUAUUACUGGAAGACGCUACUCCGUCCGACAGAAACACACCGACAUGCCCUGGACGGCCACUGUCACUGUGACAGGACAUGGCUUCAUCGCACAGGAUCUCACCAUCCAAAACACGGCAGGUCCCCUCGUACCGGCUAGUCCAGCUCUCGCUCUCCGCUCCGACUCCAACAAGUCGCUGAUCCACCGCUGCCGCCUGGAAGGGCACCAGGACACGCUCUGGGCCCAGAACAACCUCCAGUUCUACCUGCGGUGUGACAUCGCCGGCACCGUCGACUUCGUCUUCGGGAACGCGAUGGCCGUUUUCCAGGAGUGUCGCCUGCUGGUGCGCCGUCCACCCGGCGCGACGCACAACGUAAUCACCGGGCAAGGCCGCGACAGUCCUGGCCACGCCUCCGGGUUCGUCUUCCACCGCUGCAAUGUCACAGCGAUGGACGGCGACAACCUCACCGGCGUGGACACGUACUUGGGUCGGCCAUGGAAGAACCACUCGCGCGUGGUUUUCAUGGAGAGCUACCUCAGUAGCAUAGUCAACCUGACUGGGUGGGUCGAGUGGGAUAGGGGCCACCCUGUGCCAGAGACAACCAAGACCGUGGAGUACCUCGAGUACGGGAACACCGGCCCUGGGGCGAAGACGAACCACCGCGUCAACUGGACGGGGUUCAGGGUACUCACCGCAGCGGAGGCUAGCCGCUUUACCGUUGACAAUUUCAUCAACGGCAACCGGUGGGUGCCCAGCUUCGUCAACGGCCAGCAGAUCAACUACACACGCACAGUUUGAUGCGUCGAUCUGCUAGGCUGCUACUGCUUUCCUUCCCAUGCGUAUUGUAUAUUGUAUAUACGCAUGUGUAUUGUAUUGUAUUGUAUUGUAUCAAUACCCCUAGUAGUGCA